CACAAUUUAUUCAUCAAUUGUUUUUUGUUGGGUUGUUUUAAUUUGAAGGAUGAAGACUGACAGCUUCUUCAGUAGAGAAAAUUGAAAAUUUGGGUUUUGAGUUGCAAAAGAACAGAUUGAGUGAGAGUGAAGAACACUAUUUUUUGACGUGCUUUAGUGUGUUUUAGUUUAACCUCUGCCGAAGAUGGUUGGCAUCUAAAAAAAAUCAAUUCAUUCCGCAUUUUCUCCAUAAUUUUUGUCAUUCAUCCGGCGGACUCUUACAAAAAGUUUCAAAUUUUUCUAAAGAUAUGUGUAAUAGACGCAAGACCGGGAUUUUGUGUUGCACUGCCGGCCGCCGGAAUAAUCUGUCGGACGAUUGUCGCCGUAUUAUGUUCGUCACCUUUUAAUCUCUGCAUAAACCCUAAACCCUAAUCCCAAAUGCCCAUUCACAAACUUAGCCUUUUGAUAUACAGAAUCCUCUACGCCAUCCAACACAAUCAUCCUUCUAGUUUUCGAUUUUCAGCUCUGCAAUUCUCCUCUUUGUCUGCUCAUUCAUGGCUGUCCAUGCCAGGAAAGCCCCUCAUAAAGUGGCCUUCAUUGCCCGACCAGCCUGCCAAUACGUUGCCAUCAAAUUCUGCCGUCAUUUCAAACCCUAACUCUGCCAUUGACUUGAAAUUCGAAGCAAGUUAUGCGCCGAAUGACUUGUCUACCAUUUCUAGCAUCCUUUCCGAUCGCACUGUUCGGCCCGGUGCCGCGCUCGAGGAUGCUUUGGACCGGACUGGAAUCGUGCCGAGUUCGAGUUUGUUGGAAGCUGUGUUCGAUCAUUUUGAUUCGUCUCCUAAGUUCUUGCACUCGCUGUUUCUUUGGGCUGCGAAGAAAUCUGGAUUUCGCCCCUCUGCAGCAUUGUUCAACCGUCUGAUCAACGUGCUUGCGAAAUCGAGGGAGUUUGAUUCUGCUUGGUCUUUGAUAACUUCUCGUCUACUUGGAGGUGAAGAGUCCUUUUUGGUUUCGGUGGAGGUUUUCGUGAUAUUGAUCAGGCGGUAUGCUCGUGCAGGCAUGCUUCAACCUGCUAUUCGAACGUAUGAAUUUGCUUGCAACCUAGAAACAAUUUCAGGGACCGGCUCCGAGGGAUUGUUUGAGAUUUUACUGGAUUCACUCUGCAAAGAAGGCCAUGUCAGGGUAGCUUCCGAGUAUUUCAAUAGGAAAAGGGAAAUGGGUUCAAGCUUUGAACCGUCAAUUCGAGCAUAUAAUAUACUUCUAAAUGGAUGGUUUCGGUCAAGAAAGCUUAAACAUGCUCAGAGGCUCUGGUUUGAGAUGAAGAAGAACAAUAUAUCUCCCACUGUUGUUACGUAUGGCACUCUAAUAGAAGGGUACUGUCGAAUGCGUAGUGUCGAAAUUGCCAUUGAAUUGGUGGAUGAGAUGAGGAGGGAAGGUAUUGAGCCAAAUGCAAUCAUAUAUAAUCCAAUAGUUGAUGCACUUGGGGAAGCUGGGAGGUUUAAAGAGGCACUUGGAAUGAUGGAGCGGUUCAUGGUUUUGGAGCAAGGUCCGACUAUCUCAACGUACAAUUCUCUCAUCAAGGGAUAUUGCAAAGCAGGAGAUCUUUCUGGGGCUAGCAAGAUCCUUAAGAUGAUGAUUGGUAGAGGAUUCACUCCGACCCCGACCACUUAUAACUAUUUCUUCAGAUUCUUCUCUAAAUACGGUAAAAUUGAGGAGAGUAUGAACCUUUACAAUAAAAUGAUUGAAUCAGGAUAUGCGCCAGAUAAACUUACAUAUCACUUGUUGCUGAAGAUGUUAUGUGAAGAGGAGAGGUUAAACCUUGCAGUUCAAGUUUGCAAUGAAAUGAAGGCUAGAGGGUUUGACAUGGAUUUAGCUACAAGCACCAUGUUAAUGCAUUUGCUAUGCAAGAUGCAUAAGUUUGAAGAAGCUUUUGCAGAAUUUGAGCACAUGAUUCAUCGAGGAAUUGUUCCUCAAUAUCUUACUUUCUGCAGAUUGCACGAUGAAUUCUUGAAACGUGGAUUGACAAAAAUGGCAUCUAAGCUGCAAGAGAUGAUGUCUUCGGUUCCUCAUUCAGAGAAGUUGCCCGAUACCUAUAAUCAAACUCCUGAUUCUGUUCGUGCUAGAAGAACAUCUAUUAUGCGUAAAGCUGAGGCAAUGUCUGAAAUGUUGAAGGUCUGUAAUGACCCUAGAGAGCUUGUCAAACGCAGAAGUCCAUCUGAAAAUGCUGUAUUUAGUGCAAAUAAGUUGAUAGAUGAUAUCAAGAAGAAGGCCAACCCUGGAACUUUUUAAAACCAUCUACUUAAAUUUUGAUGUUGCUGGCAAAUAACUUUGCAUUAGCUCAACAAAAAAUGACUUGCGCUACAUAAUUUUUCCAUAGGAAUCUUUGGAGAAACACGAAUAUAUGGACCAGUUUCACAGGCAUGUGCAGAUGUUUGGCGAGGGGAUAAACAUACUUUGUUUUGUGGAUCGAGUGUUUUAAGGGGGAACUGGGGGCAUUUGUAUAUCAAACGAAGAGAUUGCAAGAAUUCAGCUUGGACUCGGGAUUGUAUUAUACAUUUGAAUGUAGAACAGAGCGUAAGUCCAUUUGAUUGAACCUCUUCUUCCAAAUUAUUAUUAUUAGGGUCUCUUUGAAACACAAUAGAGUGUUGUCGAAGCAAGAAGCACCGAGUCGAAGGUGGCAAUUGACAUUAGCUGUUCAUGAACAUCACUAUAAUCCAAAUCCCUAUUUUGGCUUUCCCGUUUCAUUUUGUUCAA